AAUAAAUACGAAGCUGUGACAGCGCGAGCUUGCUGAAGGCGACCAAAGCUAUAUCUGUAAAUUGUAUAUACUGAAUUAUUAUAUAUAUUCUUCAAAAUGCCUGCUGUUGGAAUUGACCUCGGGACCACAUAUUCGUGUGUCGGAGUUUUUCAACAUGGAAAAGUCGAAAUUAUUGCAAACGAUCAAGGAAAUCGAACUACGCCAAGUUAUGUUGCUUUCAACGAUACGGAAAGACUCAUUGGGGAUGCAGCGAAAAACCAAGUGGCGAUGAAUCCAGCGAACAGUGUUUUCGACGCCAAGAGACUCAUUGGACGAAAAUUCACCGAUUCAACAGUACAAAGUGACAUGAAACACUGGCCUUUCGAAGUCAUCAAUGAAGGAGGAAAACCGAAAAUCAAUGUGGAAUACAAAGGCGAACAGAAGAAAUUUUUCCCAGAAGAAAUCAGUUCUAUGGUACUGACCAAAAUGAAAGAAACUGCUGAGGCAUAUUUGGGUACACCGAUAAAGGACGUGGUAGUUACGGUGCCUGCCUAUUUCAACGAUUCUCAACGCCAAGCCACAAAAGACGCCGGUACUAUUGCUGGUUUAAAUGUCUUGAGAAUUAUCAACGAGCCAACAGCUGCAGCGAUCGCUUACGGUCUAGACAAGAAAUCGGGUUCUGAGAGAAGCGUAUUGAUAUUCGAUCUGGGAGGUGGCACGUUUGACGUCAGCGUUUUAUCUAUCGAUGACGGAAUCUUUGAAGUAAAAUCAACUAGAGGCGAUACUCAUCUUGGCGGUGAAGAUUUUGAUAACCGAAUGGUAAAUCACUUCAUUCAAGAAUUCAAGCGAAAAUAUAAGAAAGACCCUUCUGGCAACAAACGAGCAUUGCGUCGACUUCGCACUGCUUGUGAAAGAGCAAAGCGUACACUCUCAUCUUCAACACAAGCAAAUAUCGAAAUCGAUUCACUCUUCGAAGGUGUUGAUUUCUACAGUUCAAUUACCAGAGCGAGAUUUGAAGAACUUUGUUCUGAUCUUUUCCGAGGAACAUUGGAUCCGGUCGAACAAGCCUUGCGAGAUGCGAAAAUAGAUAAAAGCAAAAUCGAUGAAAUUGUUCUUGUUGGAGGAUCGACCAGAAUACCGAAGAUUCAAAAACUUCUUCAAGAUUUCUUCAACGGAAAAGAACUCAACAAAUCCAUAAAUCCGGACGAAGCUGUUGCAUAUGGAGCCGCAGUACAGGCAGCCAUCCUGUCUGGUGACAAAUCUGAUGAGGUCAAAGAUCUUCUUUUGUUGGAUGUUGCGCCAUUGUCACUUGGAAUUGAAACGGCUGGUGGAGUAAUGACAGCGUUAGUGAAACGCAACACAACGAUCCCGUCGAAACAAACACAGGUCUUCACCACGUACGCAGAUAACCAACCUGGCGUUCUCAUCCAAGUUUAUGAAGGUGAACGUGCGAUGACGAAAGACAACAACCUGUUGGGAAAGUUUGAUCUAACUGGCAUUCCUCCGGCUCCGAGGGGUGUUCCACAAAUUGAAGUGACCUUCGAUAUCGACGCAAACGGGAUUAUGAACGUAUCUGCUGUUGACAAGAGCACCGGACGUGAAAACAAAAUCACAAUCACAAAUGACAAAGGCCGUUUGAGCAAAGAGGAAAUCGAGAAAAUGGUGAACGAUGCCGAAAAGUACAAGGAAGCAGACGACAAAGAGAAAGAUCGUAUUCAAGCGAAGAAUGGUCUUGAAUCGUACACUUAUCAUGUCAAAGCUUCAGUUGAAGACGAAAAAAUCAAAGAGAAAAUUUCCGAAGAGGACAAAAAGACAAUUCUCGACAAAUGUGGGGAAAUUAUUACGUGGCUCGACAAUAAUCAAAACGCUGAGAAAGACGAGUAUGAUUACCAACAAAAAGAACUCGAGAAAGUUACGAAUCCUAUUCUGACAAAACUGCACCAGGCCGGAGGGCCUGCGCCCGGAGGGGUUCCACCACAAGGGGCUUCGGAUCAGCCUGGUGCUGGCGGUCCAACAAUCGAAGAAGUUGAUUAAUCGUUAUCUUUUGUUAUAUAAAAAUAUUCUUUGAUUGGCAUAAAUACUUUAACACUGCGUUUUCUUCUAUACUGCUCGAAUUAUAUUUAGAGUUUGUCUUCUUUUUUUGCUGUUUUGUUAAAUUUGUGCUCGAUAAAUAUUGACAUGUUGCUUUUUCAUGUUUGCACGAUUGAGUAUUAAAAGUUAUAAUGAAAAUUGUGAAAUUGCUAGUCUAUGUCAGAAUAUUUGUAUAAAAAAAAUG